AUGGCAGCGAUGGAGAAGACCGCUGGAAAAAGAAGACCCCGACGAGGCGAUGCAGCGCGAUGGCUGUGCGGUGCGUUGUUUUUCUUCUCCCUCUGGAUUCCGGUCCGCCCGCAGUGUCCCGAAGGCUGCCACUGCACCCGCGACACUGCCACGGUGCUGUGCUCAGACGCGGGGCUGCGCGAGGUCCCCGAGGGGAUCCCGGAAGACACGGUGUCCCUCCACCUGGAGCGCAACGACAUACGCAGCCUCCCCGAGAACGCCUUCGCCCAGCUGGCCCGCCUGCGGGACCUCCACCUGGCGCACAACCGCAUCGACUCGCUGUCCUCGGGGGCCCUGCGUCGCUUGGGCCCUGAGUUGCGCCUCCUGGACUUGUCGCACAACCAGCUGAGGCAGGCCAGCCGGGACGAGUUCGGCGGCACGCGGGCCAAGACGCGCCUCUACCAUAACCCCUGGCGCUGCGACUGUUCGCUCCAGGAACUGAUGGAGUCGCUCAACCUUGAACCCGAGACGGUCAACGGCAUCGUGUGCGAGAGCUCGGCGCGGGGGCCCGGCGAGCUGGGCCGAUGGGAGGACCCGGUGGCGUCCGGCGGCGAGCACGCCGGACAGCCGCUCGUCAGGCUUCUGGAUUCGGGCGUUAACUUCUGCAGUCUGCAUAGGAAGACCACCGACGUGGCCAUGCUGGUCACCAUGUUUGUCUGGUUCUUCAUGGUCAUCGUCUACGUGGUCUACUACGUCCGGCAGAACCAGGCCGAAGCUCGGAGACACCUGGAGUACCUCAAAAGCCUGCCCAGCCCCCGCAAGACUCCCACUGAGACUGACACCCUCAGUACAGGCUUCUGA